UUUACAUGUGUGUUUCUCUUAUUAACGUGUCCGGGUCUCGGUAAUGGGUGCAGCCGGUACACCGGGGGCGGACAGCGGUGUUCUGGCACCGACAUUGAAGCAUCCUUGACGGGGGAGACUGAGCAGGCCGGUGUGGCUGAAAGGAGCUUCAAGUCAGUGAGCUGUGCUGUGAUAAACGCUGAUUAUGGGAGACGUCAAUAAAGGCAAGAAGGCUUUCGUCCAGAAGUGUGCCCAGUGCCACACGGUGGAGGAGGGCGGCAAACACAAGGUGGGACCCAACCUGUGGGGUUUGUUUGGACGGAAGACCGGCCAGGCGGAUGGUUACUCCUACACAGACGCCAACAAGAGUAAAGGUAUCGUGUGGGGUGAGGACACCCUGAUGGAAUACCUGGAGAACCCCAAGAAGUACAUUCCUGGAACCAAAAUGAUCUUCGCCGGCAUCAAGAAGAAGGGCGAGCGCCAGGACCUGGUGGCGUACCUAAAGUCAGCGACGUCAUGAACAAGUCACUAAAAGCUGAAUGUUUAAUGUCAUUUUGUUGUCCUUGUUUCGGCCGCUACAUUUUAAAUCUGUGGUUUUAUGUUUAGUCAUUUGCACUGAAAGUUAAAUUAUGAUGCUGAAGUUCGAUCAAGUGACCAAACAUAAAACUGAUGACCUUUAUUUCUCUUUUUUUUUUUUUUUUUGUGAAUCUGUACUAGCAAAUACUAAUCACAUUAUUUAAAAACGCGAGUGAUGAUUCGCUGUCGUUCUGUUCUCCAUGACGACACACGUCCGGUACUGUCUGCUAGCAGAGCUAUCGCGAUCAACCUCAUUUUUAACGUCAGAAAAGUACAAAAAACUGCUGUCAGCUACAUGAGAUGAUCCUGUGAGGAAUAUCUUUGGGUUUUUGGUGGUUAACUGGUGCUGAUUUUAAAGCUGGUUAGAUUUUCCAGACUGAACCUGGACAUAGUUUAGCGUUGCGAGCUCCUGAAGCAGCCCCUCUGAGUUCCUGUUUUUACUUCCUGCCUGUCAUCAGACUUGUUACAAGUUUUUAAAUAUCCCGGUAACGGUCACACGCUGUUAUCCGCCGCCUCACGGCUGAGCGUCGUUGGUUCAGUCUCUGCCGAUGCCUUUUAAAUCCGCCAUUCUGAGACUCGGUGUGAAAUCAGCCGCAAAACCUGAACACUGUAGUGGAGCUACUGUAUCAUGUAGGGUAACAUCUGGAGAGAAAACGCUGUUAUUUACCUGGUUUCACAGGCCUGAAAGAGUUUAACUUAUUUAACUGUAA